AUGGGAAUCAAAUUCCUUGAAGUUAUAAAGCCGUUCUGCAGUAUAUUACCAGAAAUAGCAAAACCGGAGAGAAAGAUCCAAUUUCGAGAAAAAGUAUUAUGGACAGCAAUAACACUAUUUAUUUUCUUAGUAUGCUGCCAGAUUCCAUUAUUCGGUAUAAUGUCCUCGGACAGUGCAGACCCCUUCUACUGGAUCCGAGUGAUCCUGGCAUCAAAUAGAGGAACACUUAUGGAACUCGGUAUAUCACCCAUUGUAACAUCAGGCCUUAUUAUGCAACUUUUAGCCGGUGCAAAGAUUAUUGAAGUUGGUGACACUCCAAAAGACAGAGCUUUGUUCAACGGUGCACAAAAAUUAUUUGGUAUGGUGAUAACAGUUGGACAAGCAAUUGUAUAUGUUAUGACUGGCAUGUACGGAGAGCCAAGCGAGAUUGGCGCUGGAGUCUGUUUAUUGAUCAUCAUUCAGCUUUUUGUUGCGGGCCUGAUUGUAUUGCUACUGGACGAACUACUACAGAAAGGCUAUGGUCUCGGAUCUGGUAUAUCUCUGUUCAUCGCCACAAAUAUCUGUGAAACUAUCGUGUGGAAGGCCUUCUCUCCUGCUACCGUUAACACUGGCCGCGGUACAGAAUUCGAAGGCGCUGUAAUUGCUCUCUUCCACCUCCUUGCUACACGCCCCGACAAAGUGCGAGCCCUCCGAGAGGCUUUCUACCGCCAGAACCUGCCCAACCUCAUGAACCUCUUGGCCACAGUCCUUGUGUUUGCUAUCGUUAUAUACUUCCAGGGCUUCAGAGUGGACCUACCGAUCAAAUCGGCGCGGUACCGCGGUCAAUACUCGUCAUACCCCAUCAAGCUAUUCUAUACUUCAAACAUCCCUAUCAUCCUGCAAUCGGCGCUUGUUUCCAAUCUUUAUGUCAUUUCACAGAUGUUGGCUGUUAAAUUCAGCGGCAACUUCUUGGUGAACAUGCUGGGCGUGUGGGCCGACGUGGGUGGCGGCGGCCCCGCUCGAGCUUAUCCUGUAGGAGGACUGUGCUACUACUUCAGCCCCCCGGAGUCACUCACACACAUCGCGCAGGAUCCUCUGCACGCUGUUCUGUACAUCUUCUUCAUGCUGGGAUCGUGCGCCUUCUUCUCGAAGACGUGGAUCGAUGUGUCAGGCUCAUCAGCUAAGGACGUGGCGAAACAACUUAAAGAGCAGCAGAUGGUGAUGCGCGGCCACAGAGAUAACUCGAUGAUCCACGAGCUCAACCGCUACAUUCCGACUGCAGCGGCGUUUGGCGGCCUCUGCAUCGGGGCUCUGUCAGUUCUGGCCGACUUCCUUGGCGCUAUCGGGUCCGGUACCGGAAUACUGCUCGCCGUCACGAUCAUCUACCAGUACUUCGAGAUCUUCGUGAAGGAGCAAGCCGAGAUGGGCGGCAUGAGCACACUACUCUUC